UAUUCACCGGGAACUUCCUUAGAGGGAUUAUCCGCUUCUUCAUGCCCAAGUGUAUUGUUACCAUUAACGAAAAGAACAAGUCGAUUCACGUCAGUCGAGUGACAGCGCCGCCGUGAUCAUGUUUAAAUAGAUGGGAAGACAUUCACACGGGCAGUGCGGGUACUUCAUUACUCAAAGUCCGGCUGUAUGAGGAAUAAUGGUAAUGAGCCUAUUCACCGGGAACUUCGUUAGAGGGAUUAUCCGCCUUUUCAUCCCCAGGUGUUUUGUUACCAUAACGAAAAGAACAAGUCGAUUCACGUCAGUCGAGUGACAGCGCCGACGGGUCCAUUAUGAAAACGUUUUUAAUACGACUUGCCGGUAGCUCUGACGUAUGUAUCGGUUGUUGUUCGCAAAACCUCCUUCAUUCUUCGCUGAAUGUAUACUCGAGAGAGAGGUGUCUUUAUUCAAGUUGCCAAUCUCAUCUUCGUGAGAUGGUGGAAUCUUCUUUAGUUUGAAAGGACAGACGCCACGAAAGUGAUUGUAACUUUACUUGAUCUGCGUGAGAUGAUGGUAUCUUCCUUUAGUUUGGAAAGACCGACGCUCUGGAGUGGAAUUGUACUCCAACUUAAUCGUCGCGAGAAGAUGGUAUCUUCCCUUAGUUUGAAAGGACUGACGCUCCAAAAGUGGAUUGGAACUUUACUUGAUCUCCGUGAGAUGGUAAUGUCUCAAUACAAGUUAGAAGGAACGACGCCCUGUAAUUAAUUUUGAAGUAGCGUCGCUUCACCACGCCGUCACUUUAUUUAUUAUUAUUAUUAUUUUUUUUUUCUCGAAAAUACGUAGUAGCGUGGGUCUAGUUAACACGUCAACAAAUUUGGUCACCGACGUGAGAUUUCAAAGGUCCCAGUGGCUAUAUAAACCGGCCGCGCCGAUUGUGUCGCCAAUUCAACGCUUGCUACUGUUGCCGUCAUGGCUUUGCACAAAGAUGACAUGUACAACCAAUUUUCUCCUGAUCCGACGGAGUCUCAGCUAGACCUGAUUGCAAGAAUGGAGGAUGAAGCACUUGCUGGCCCAUCCAACGAACCCCAAGUUAUCCCAGAGACGCCGCCUCAUUUGCAAGGGAUAGAAGAUGUAGAGAACACGAGGGGAAAUGCCUUCAUAGUUGCAAAUCCCCCGGCAGACAUGGCGGAAGAACAACCAAUGGAUAUUUCAGAUGAGGACGAUGAUAUCGCCGAGCCCCCUCGUGUACCACCCCAAGAAGAGAGACGGCGGGUCACGUAUUCAUGCCCGGAUUGCGACAAAACUUUCACCAGAAGGUUCACCCUCAACCGGCACAAGCGUCGCAUCCAUAUGCAAGGUGCUCCAAAUCGUCCAGCUCCAAAUACAUUUAGGUGUCGGCAAUGCGACAAGUUUUUUAGCCGCCGCGACAGCCUAAGACGGCAUCAACACGUCCAUGCCCGGCAAGCACCUCGACGGAAUGAGCAAGCACCGAACCCACCACCACCAGCUGUCGCUGACGUACCACCAGAUCAACAUGUACCAGCUCCGCCACCACCUCCUCCACGAUUUGCCUGCCAGACCUGCGGCAAAACAUUCAGCAGGCGAGACAACAUGAUGCGGCACUUCAGAAGAGCGCACCGUCCUGCUUAACCUGCUCCCGCUCCGGCAGAUCCA